AGCUUCUUGGCUCCAUACAGCACAUGAAUCGCAGCUUCGACUGACUUCAAGUAACGACAGGAAAAUCGACGAUUCAUACGGCAGCAUCUGAAAUCCUAUCAGAAUAACCAUGCUCUCGUUUCCGACCCCUUCGGUUUACCAGUCGUCGAAAUGCUUCGUCACGUACGGGGUAAUGGGCCAUCUUGACCCUAAUCAGCCACCAACCAAAAGCAAGCCAUGGUCAACAGUUGCCGGCCAGGACUUCAUCAACAGGGUUGAACUCAUCAUUUCCCAAGAAACCUUUGAGGUUGUUCAGAAACUUGUGAAGGAAAGGGCAGCACCUGAGUACAAACGAGUGGUUAUGUCCUUGCAUGACAUCCUCUUGGGUGCAUUCUUUGCCGAGCACAUCAAGAAGGGGGAUGUUAUGAUGCUGUCAGAAGGGAGAAAAGGGAUCGACAACGUGUUUACACUCAGAAACGGGAUGUUAACAAUGUUUUUGGACAAGGAAGCGUAUGAAAGGGCAGGUCUUGUUGGCAAGCCUGACGGAGUGAAGGGAAAGCGUGGCUUGAAGCCCCGUUGGGUCGUUGAGAUCGACCUCACAAGUCCAUCGAUGGUGCCAGGCAAGAAGGGGUUCGACAGACUGAUCUAUGCGAGCAAAAACGCUUUCGGUACACCAGUCACUUGGCUAUUCUGCAAUCUUUCUUCCACCGUCCCCAAUCCAGAUCCCAUCGCGCCACAUGCUCCGACCAGGUGCACAUCAGAGCCCAGUGUCCUGCAAAACAUCGACGCCAUGCUGCCGACCUUGAAGCCCCCGAUUGACGCAAUCGGACCAGAGGGCAGAGAGAAACUCGAAUACUUCUCCACCGAGCUCUAUGAGUGGCUAUCACUCGUCCGACUGCAGAGCCCCCGGGUUCAGGUGGGCGACCAGAUCGAUCCGUAUCUUUGCCGAUACCAGGUGCCUGGCGACGGCCAACAAGGCAAAAUCUGCAAGGUUACUUGGCAGGGUUUCCUUGCGCCGUCUUGGUGUCGACAGACGCUCCUCGAUCUCGUUGCUGGGCUGCCCUCGAAAGCAUGGUUCUCGUUCAGUACGACGACCUUCUCCAAGGGCAUGGCGGGGGACAACUCCCAAGUUUCUCUUUUUCGGCCCCAAGGAGCGUCGGGGGAAUAUGUAAUGUGGGAGAUCAAGAGCCAUGAGUGAAAAGUUCUUGGCAUU